AUGAGCACUAGACGGGCGAAAGUGAAAGGGGCUGAAAUCGAGGCGUUUGUUGUCACUCACGAUGCUGUGCCGCGCAUUUCCAGCGGCAAGACUGGAACGAGUCCGAAAAAGGAUCAAGGAGGACAGGAGCGGGAGAGAACGAGCUCUUUGGCGAGCGCUAUUUCCAAGAGCAGAGCAGCCUCGCAGCUGCAGGACGUCAAGAUUGACGAAGAAUACGCGGGAAUGAACGAUUACGAGAACUCGGACGGGAGCGAGCGAGAGGAAGAGGAUUUCGCGCACAAUGACGCGAUCGCCUUUCACGACAGAUUCUUCGAAGCGUCGAAGAGAUCGAAAACGUCGAAUGCGACGCUCAAAAUCGACAAAAACGAGGUGCAAAAGCGAAUGGAGAUUUUGGGCGAUUCGGCGAAGCCACUUCCGUGUGGCGAUUUUGCUGCCCAUUUUCCGAGCUGGGACGCGUACUUGGCCCAUGAUUACAGUCUCUUACUCUACGGACUGGGCUCGAAGCUGCCGGUAAUGAAAGCGUACUACAAUCAUCUGCGCGCACAGGACUUUGACUGCCUCUUCUUCAACGCAUGGAGAGAAGACGCGUCCGACAAGGUGCUUUUCGACACGAUUUUGACCGACGCGUUGGACGAGAAACCAUCUUCUUCGGUUGAAAACGCGAUCGAACGACUCGUCGAGCACUACAAAACCGACGAGGCCUAUCAUCUCGUCAUUUUCAUCAACAACAUCGAAUCGAACUGCAUCGCCAGGUCGUUGGAUCUUCUUGUCGAGCUCGUCAUGCUCAAGAAGAUCAGCCUCGUCGCCACGAUGGACAAGAUAUACGGAGCAUUUGCAUUUGACCAAUGCCAAAGAUCGCAGCUCAACUUUGUUUCAAUCGAGACUGCCACAUUUAUGCCCUACGUUUUCGAGACAAAGUCGGGCCACAGUAUUUGGGCGAAAAGCGCCGGGAAAAUUGGUGUUGCUUCACUGCAGCAUGUUUACGACUCGCUGACGCAGAAUGGCCAGGGAGUGCUCAAGAUUAUCAUCAAAGACCAAAUCGCGAAGAUGAAGGAAAAGAAAGACGGCCCUUCUUUCAAAGAAUUGUACAAGCUCUGCCGAAAGGGCUUCUUGGUCAACUCGGAAGCGGCUCUGAAGGCGCAGCUGGUCGAGCUCAAGGAUCACCAGCUGAUUGGCGAGGGCACUCAAGAAAUCAGAAUCCAGCUUCAAACAAGCCAGCUCGAGGAAUUCCUCCGGACGAAUGUCAAAUGA